UGUCUGUAUAAUCGUAAACCUGCCUUGGAAUCGUGCCUUGGUCAUGUUGGCGACCCCCCAUGGGCAUCAUGUUGUGAACAGCCCCGCCACUCAACGCGCUCCACGCGAAACUCCCACCUCCAAACCACCAUCGCCAGCAUGCCGGAGCAGGACAAGCACGCCGCCGCGCAAAAGGCCGUCGACAUUCUUCACGAGAUAUCCACGAUACUUAACUGCCAUCUUGACCGCCGAACGCUGUCGAUAUGUAUCUCCAUGAUUGAGAGAGGCGUCAACCCAGAGGCGCUGGCUCAAGUCGUCAAAGAGUUGAGGCAAGAGGCACAGUCAGUGCAGCGGCCGUCGUAAACCACCGUCAAGCGUCUGUUUGGUGUGGAGUUUUGGGUUUGCAAGGAUUCGGCGUGUCAUCACGAUUUCUACGCUUUUGUACGACAUGAGGAGUUUGAUGAAAUGA